CUAUUAAUGAUCCGUAUGGUUAAUUUAAUUAACAACGCAGAACUCAGUCAUCAUCUUCGAGACCUCAAACGCUCUUCCAAAUUCCAAAAAAAUAAAAUAAAUACAAAAAUCCCCCGUCCGACAUGCUCCCACUGCGCUCCCGCACACCCAGGCUUCGUCCCCGAAACCCGUUCCGCUUCUCCUCCUCCCAACGCCGCAUCUCCCCUCUCCGGACGCCAACUCUCCGCCUCCCGAAGUUCGUACACUUCCUCCCCCCUUCUCAAAAUCCCCUCCUUUCUCCUCCCCACAUGGCCUCGUUUGUCCAUGGAUCCCAUUUCCGUCUCCCUCUUCCUCCACCUCCUCCUCGUCGCGCACCAUCUCGCCGCCGCCGACGUGAGUGAUGCUCUCUUCAACAACCGCUGCAAGGAGCUCUGCGGCGAUCUGUCCCUUCCUUACCCUUUCCACCUCAACUCAUCCUGCGGUCCCCAAGUCGACGCAUUUCGCCUCACCUGCACCCACAACUCCUCCUUAUACCUGACCCUAGGCCCCACCGAGCUACGCAUCAUCGCCUUCCUUACUUCUGAUUCAAUCCUCCUCGACUACUCCAAAUCGAAGUCCAACUCCAACUCCAACUCCACAUCCCCUUGCGACCGCUGGUACGCUGAUCUGAAUGACACUGCUGGGGUUCUCAAUCGAAACCCCUUCGUUGCCGUCACACCAUACAACGUGCUUCGCCUGUACGAUUGCGAUGAUUCGUCGGUGUGUAGGUCUGGGUGCGAAAGGGUGGGAGGGUGUGAGGGGACUGGUGGAGUGUAUCAGGGAUGCUGUUAUCCGCUUUCGGAUGGGAGCGUGUGGAAGGCGGGGGAGGGGUUUGGAGUAUUUGGCGAGUAUGGGUGUCGAGGGUUUUCGAGCUGGGUUGAGAAGAGGGGAUUGGUUGGGAAUGCGAGGAGAGGGAUUGAGGUUGAGUGGGCGGUGCCGAGGAAGUUGUUGGAGGAUGUGGCUUGUGCGGACGGCGCUGUAAUGGUGAAUUCAACUGUAGUUAAGAAAGGGUAUCGGUGUGCUUGCGGACCUGGGCUUGUUGGUGAUGGUUUUGCACGGGGGAUUGGCUGUUUCAAAGCUUGCAGUGAUGAUGGGCGUUCUGCAAAUGGUGAUUGUUGUAAAGGAAGGUUCUGCAAAAAGAGAGUUGCCAUCCUUGUCGGGGCUAUCAUUUCCGCAAUAUUUAUUGCCGGAGCAUUGGCAAUUUGUUUCCUUGUAAAGGUUCCAGUUAAUAGAAGCAAAGAUCACCAUCACCAAGCCUGUCUCCCGAAGAUCCUUGGAAAAGCUUGCAGGACUCGACUAUUCACGUAUCAGGAACUCAAUGAUGCGACCAAGGGAUUCGACCACGAACAGCAGCUCAUCAGUAUAGUUGAUGGGACCAUCCAAAUGGGAGUUAUUGAUGACGGAUCUCUUGUGGCUGUGCAGAAAGUGAACUGCGAAAAUGAACAGAACCUCAGGCAGGUUUGGGAGAUUAUAGAGAUUCUCUCCCAGGUUUCACACAAGAAUAUUGCCAGAAUAAUCGGAUGCUGUAUAAGCUCUAACUACUCAUUGCUUCUGGUCCAUGAAUUUUUCUCACAUGGAACACUAGAGGAGCACCUCCAACGGCAUAGAGGACAUGGUCUUUGCUGGUACCACAGAAUUAACAUUGCUAUUGAAGUUGCAAGUGCUCUGUCUUUCCUUCAAAGUGAGAUCACCCCUCCUAUCAACCUUCAUGAUCUCAAAUCCAGCGAAAUAUUUAUUGAUGCAGAAUAUUCCAUCAAAAUUGCAAGUUAUAAGUUUCUCAACUCCCCAAUUUGCAAUGAAUCCUGUUCUUAUGCAGUUUCUCAUGAUGCACAAAUGGUCUACAACUUUGGUCUCAUAUUGCUGGAGCUUAUAACAGGUUCAAGAAAGGAACAUCUUCUAGAGCUAACCUUGUUGAAAAUUAAGGAUGGAAGGCUUCAUGAAAUUGUGGAUCCUCAACUUAGAUUUGGUGAACAGUUGCCAGUUCAAUGCGAACAAAUAGAAAGGAUGGCUAUAUUCGCAUUGCAGUGCUUGGCAAGAAGGGUAGCUGAAAGUGUUUCUAUGGUUACAGUUGCUAAAGAUUUUAUUCGGAGCACUCAUGAUGGCAUGGAUGAUUGUGGCAAGAGGGAGCCCAUUCUUGAGGUGACCUUUUCAAAUUCGAGCCUUCUUCAGAUGAUAUCCAUGUCACCAGACACCAUUCAUGUGCCUUGAAAAGAUUUUCUUGAUUCCUAAAUAUUCUCUGUUUAACAUUGAAAUAUGAAGAAGAAUGACCUGUUUUGUGGAGCAUGAGAAGUAGUAACGAUUAAAUGCUGCUAGCCCUUAUGUAACCAAAAAAAAAAAAAAAAAAGCCUACAUAUAGAGGUAUUGGGCAGCAAGUUUUGUAGAAUUAGUAUUUUGUUAACUGUUCAAUGUGUUGCAUCUGUUGUGACGAGCUUUUUUGGUGGGGAAAUCUAUCUGUUUUCCAAUCUCA